GGAGUCGGGCUGUCUUCCUCCCCGCUCCUCCCCUCCUUCCCUUCGCCUUCCCAGCAACAAACGAACCAGAGGACCCUCCUGCCGGCGAUGCCGCUCCGCCGCCUCGCCACUCCCGCUUCUGCAGUCGCUUCACCGUCGCCGCACACGCCCCUCCGCCCAGCUCCCAAAUCUUUUCGCGGCCAGCCACUCGUGCAUCUCCAGCAAUGCGACAAGCAGCAGCGAGCUCGAACCAGAGGCCUUCGUCGCCGCCCCGCCGCCUAGCCUCUCCGCCUCUGCUCGUCGUGGCGAGGUUGUUUUUCAUCCCAGUAGCUUCGCGCGUCGUCAUCAUCCCCAGCAGCCCCACGAGCUCGCGUCGUCGCCCAGCUCUAGCUCGAGCUCGCGCCGCCAUCUCCGGCAAUCGUCGCCGGGCCCAGCACACCCCCUCCGACCCUCCACUAGCUCUGAUCUCCCCCCUUCUCCCCAAUUUUGAUUCACAGAACCUAGGCAGUGAGGAUUCAAGAAGAAAAAAAAUUAGGGUUCUUCAAAUUGGGGAUUUUGUGCAAUUUCGAAUAUGGGGAGUAAAAUUUGGUUGAUUGGUGGUUGGUUGGUCAAAUUGAAGAGGAAUUAUUGUUUAGAAGAAGAGUAGAAGACAUUUUUCAAGGGGAAAAGGUGCUGAAUUCGAUUUGCAGCUAGGCUUGGUGGUUUUGAUUGUAAUUUGCAGAUUGAGAUUGGGUAAAUUGAGGUUCCAGAAUUGAAGAUUUUAUGAUUUGGGUGCUAUUGAAGUGAAAUUUUGGAAGAAGAGUAAUAUAGGUGUGCAAAUUUGGUGAUUCAAGCAGAGUGAAGGCUACAGAAGUUUGUGUUUUCCCAGUUUGCACUCUUGCUUGCAGGUAUGGGACGUCGAAGAUAUAUCCCUCCAUCUCGGCAGUUCAAGGUAACUGAUCAAAGUGAAGAUGGGAAGAUUGUUUACCGUUCGUGGAUGAUUGAAGAAAGCCACAAGGUGACCGAUAAAGACAACCCAAUUCCAGAAGUUCACCCACAAUUUCACAGGGUCAUCACUGGCCAGGUUGGACCCACGAUGCGGUCCCGGACUAUUGAGAUGACUUCUCCAGCUCCAUAUCCAACACAGCAGCCUGCUCAAAUGCCUCCUGAAUAACCUCCACUCCCAGAUUCAACACUAUUUGUAUCACCUGAGAGCAGGCCAGCAAAGAGGACUCGUCUCCAGCAACCAGCUCAUCUUCACGACCACAGAGGAAGAUUUCUUCUUCAACACCUGCACCACCCACGACACCACGUCGUACUACCCCAGUUGCAAGCAAGAAGAAGGCUGAUUCUUCUCUUCCAAAAGACGUCUCUAAGACGUUCGGUCGACCUCUCCAACUCCAGCAACAUAAAGAGGAUUAUGCAGAUCUGAUGAAACGAGAGGUCAUCCCUUCUCAGUUCAUGGACUAUGAAGCAUUGCAGAAGACCAAGCGGGCUGAAGAGGUGAUGGCGUAUUUCCGCAGGAUGAAUUGGGCAAGAUUUCCGGAGCGGCACUUCCCCACCUAUCCACACCUCACCAGAGCAUUCUUGGCCACCUACAGCUUUGAGGAUAGUGGGGUUGAGAGCAAGCUUCAGAGUACUUUGGCCGGGCAAACCAAGUCCCUCACUUUGAGCCAAGUGAACCGAGCACUUUACUUCGAUGGUGCAGCAGAUGCAAUUCCUGAUGAAGCACAGGAUUUGGGAGCUUUUUGGAAGACAAUUGUGGCAACACGACUACUUGGCUCGCACUGUCUUGGGAAAGGGAUCCAAUGCCAGUGGUGUUUACAUCAUCGAUCUCAGGUACAUUCACAGUUUCGUCACUGGAGCACCAUUGUGUGUUGGGUACAUGGUUGGUAAGAUGUUUGAGAAUGAAGCAGCUAAAACAUGUGGAGGUAUUAUGUGUGGGGGAAUCAUUACAGCCUUAGCUCGAGCUUACUGGGGGUUACCAGAGAACCCUAUGGGUUUGGAGAUAAGUGAGGGAUCGACUCUGCUUGGGGAAACAACGUUAGGCAAGUUGGGUUUUCUGAGGAGAGCAGGAUGUCGUGGUGAAUAUCUAUCCAUCGCCAAAUAUAAAGAGUGGGAGAUUGAGAACAAUCAGAAAAGGGCAGCAAAGGCUGCUAGAUCAACUUUUGCUUCAGCAUCAUCUCCAGCACCAUUGGUAGCAACUCCGACAACAGCUCCAGCUCCUACACCCACACCUUUGGGUGUUUGUUCAUCAUCCCCAGCACCAGCAGCAGCAUGGCACUCUGCCACGAGUGUCAGCCAGAGCCAUCAGUCACAUUCACCUCCAAUUCCGCAUCCAGAAGUUACCCCACCAGUUGUACCAGCUUCACCAUCAUCUGGAGACGAUCUCAGAGCCAUAAUAGCUAUCUUGGAAGCCAGAGACACAGAGAAAGAUAAGAAGAUCAAGGAGCUCAGCCAGCGUCUAGAUGAGAAGUUCAGCACUUCUUCAUUGACCCCUCCUUCAUAUGAGCUUGUCUAGAGGUUCUUUUUUUCUUUUCUUUUCUUCUUUACUUUGUGAAUACUUCUCGUAGUGGAUGAUGGUCUGUAAUAAUGUUACCUAGGUGAACCUGUUGGUGUGUCGUGUGCAGUAGUAGACAUUGUGGACAAUGUCCAUCCUGAGUGUGGGGUGGAUGGUCUGUGUUCUUGUCGUGUUUUAUGUUUAGGUGUUAAGUCUUAGUUGUCCACAGUGUCUUGUCAUGUGUAUAUCGAAAAAAAUUGCCAUUAGGUUGAGCACAGCCAAACUGCAUGCAGUUUGCCUGUGUUGGUGCAGUUUGCCUGUGCAAAGCUAAUGGCUAAAAAACACCUAAAAAUCAGAAAAAUUAAAAACCUUGUACUCUUGUGGUAACAUGAUGAAAAUGACCGUGAUUCCUUGAAAAUGAGUUUGUGCUUGAAUGAAAUCAUCAAAAUCACCCCACUAGUGUUGAAUUGCAUAGUUCUUCACAAUGAGUUUGAAUGUUUUGACUGACUUGAUAUGCUUUGAAUGAACAAACUCUUUUAGCAACAUUCUCUUUUGUGAGGAUAGUGUAAUGACUUUUGGUGAAGUAGUUAGGUGGAGAACAUUGACCAUUCGACAUGUUUGGAUACCGUGCUUACUUGCAUAUAUUUUGAGUUGCUGACUUUGCAAUGAGUCUCUCUGUUUUGAAUGUUUUGUAAUGGGGUGAACUGAUCUUUAUAAAAGAAAAUCCUACCUGACAAGUAAAAUAUAUGAAAGUUGCCAUAACAAUUUAAGUGUGGAUAAAAAUGCCAAAAUCGUGUGAGGCAAUCACUCAUUGCACAUGGGGAUUAGGAAAGAUUCAAUUGAGAAUCGGUUCGCGACCGUACGAUGUUGCUUAUCAAGUACGAUCCCCAGUUGAGUGAAAUGCCAUUAGAGGAUGUACAAUGACCCUCCACACGGACCGAUGAAAAGGAGUUAAAAGAAGACCUUAUGCGAGUGCUAAGUAGCAGAAAUUGCUCUUGCUCGGUCACCGGUAGUAAGAAACAAAUCCCACUUGUACUAAAUACGACCACUCGGCAAGCAAAAUCAGAAAGAGAGAAAGCCUCUCCUUGUCAGAAAGGUAGUGAUGUGCUUAAAGAUAAAACCAAGUUUGCCAAAAAAUUCCCCCAUUUGUUUUUGAGACUCAUGCUUUGUUAAUUGCUUGUGAUUAGUGUGAGUAAGCCGGAUUGUCCUCACGAGAUAUGCACCUCACUGAUGUGGUUAAAUUCUCCUAAUAAUUGUUGCACCAUAAGUUGUUAACCACCCACUACCGACGAUCGGAAUUGAGUGUUGCUAUUUGUGUUUUUAAUGGAUUUGAGUCAGUCAAUGGUUAAGGGUUGCAAAGACCUUGAGUGUGGGGUGAAAGGUAUGAUCAUUAAAGCACAACUUAUCCUUUGAGAAAGAAACUACUGAUUACAACAAGAGUACAAGGAAAAUUUUGUUUUGUUAGAGUGUUUGAUUAGUGAGUCUAUGGUGUGUCAUUGUUAUGGUUGGUUAUGUGUUUGUGUCUUUUGAGUCGUUGCUUAGGGACAAGCAACAAUUGAGUGUGGGGUUGUGAUAAUCGGCUUUAAUAUAUCGGAUUCUUGAGCUUUAUGUGACUAUCUCAUUGUAUGUUUAAGCCGAUUGGUGAUAUUUUAGGGAGAAUUAAUCCAUAAUGGUUGAAAAGCCAUUACCAUUUUUGUGUUGGAGUUUUGGUGUGUGUGUUAGGUGAAAAGAUAGAUGAAAUGGCAGCACUGGAACUUCCGAAGCAAGAGAUGGCGGGAGGAAUUGGAUCCAUAUUUCUUCUACAACAAAUCAUUGGGCUAAAGCCCAAUUGAUGGAGUUAAAGCCCAGCUAGCUAGACUAAUUGGCGGCCCGGGUGAUUCUCUUUUGGAGAGGGCGCAACGAAAGAAAGGAGGGGAAAUUAAUGGGCCGAGGGAAAUCUUGGGGUGGCUAUUAAUUUGGACGGAACAAAAAUUCUGCGUAAGAUUUUUCUUUUGGCGACGGAAUUCUUUUGGAAAGAGAAGAAGGCAACAGGGCGAGCGGAAGGCUUGGGGACGAGAGCAACGCGAUUUGGCGAUAGCUGCUCGGCGAGUGAUUUCUCCCAAGGCGACGUGAGUUUUCAACAAAAACAAGUUAUUUGGUUGGAUUUUCUAGUCCGGAUUAUUUGUUUAUUGUUGAUUUAGAACAUGAUGAACAAAACCCUAUUGUUUUAUCUCAGUUUCGUCAUGAACUAAACCCCGAUUUCUGGGGGAAACACCAUAGGAUGUAGCUAUUUCUAUAUUUGAUGGAUUGAUUCAUAAUUCUUUUCUUCCAAUCUCUAUUGCAUGAAAUUACUUAAUGCUUUGUGUUGACUGGCCACCAAUACAUUGAUUUAUUGUUA